AUGGAUCGCGGGCACGCAACAUUCAUUCACCUGGAAAGUGGGCCCGACUCACGUGCCCCGUCUUUAAAACGUGCUUCCACCUCACUCUCUCCAGCUAAAACAUUUCACGCACACGCAACCCACCUGACCACUGUGACAUUUCCCCGGAGACAACACGCAGUCAUGCCGCCACGAAAGAAGGGCACUGCGCGCGCAAGCGACGGUGGAGCUGGAAACUUGGACGAUCUUCCAGUUGGUGGCACCGAAGAAGGCCGUUUCAGCCCAGAGAGGCAUGGAUUUUGGAAAGACAAGACAGGCCAUGAGCGACGGCAAAACGCACGAGCGGCUGCCGACUCAGAUGAGCGUGGCCAGCAAACAGCUCUGAGUCCAGAUCUUCGUGAAGAGGGAGACCAGCAGCAGGACGAGAAGUUCAAGACGAGAAAGUCAAAGAAGAGAAAGCGCAAGCCCGAGCCCACAACGACCGUGCCGCCAACGAGCAGCAAAAAGGCGAAGGAUAAGAUCGAAGAGCACCUAAGCUUCGUCAAGCCGUUCGAUGUGUUUAAGACAUCAUUCUCAGCCUACACAGAUGCUGAUGCGUUGAAGGCCGAGCUAUCACUUGCCUUGAAACUCGAGCAAUCAUUGAGCGAGCGACCCGCGUUCUCCUCAAAAAGCAACCAUUCACAGUAUCUGGCAGGCCUCAAGCAGCACAUCGCCAUCUUGAUACGACAGGAUGGGUCUCUUGGGCCUCACUACAUCAUUCCGUUACCCUCUUCGACCACUCGAGAACCUGCUGAGCGUGUUCUCGACUCACAUUUCUUGGUCCUAGCAGACAAAAUCGUCGCCGACGCAGACCCCGAUGACCAAUUUGUCACUAGAGACCUGGACUUCACAGACCUCAACGCAGUCGAGUACGAGCUCGAGCACAGCAACCACUUGCGACAAUUGCUUAAAAGCGAUAAGAAGUUCCAGGCUCGUGCUUCGAAGCCAUCCAUAUUCUACCGCACCGUGCAAGACUGGAUUGAUUGUUUGGAUACCCACAAGCAGAUGUUGAAGCUGCGACAGAACAAGGCAAAACAUUUAUAUCGUGAAGCGGUACGCAACGGUGACCAGACGUCAAUGACUGCAAGCCAAAGCUUUGCAGGUCUUGACAAAGUCCUCGAAUCUCUCACCAACAGCCUGCGACCAUACGAUGACGCGACCACCCAGAAGUCCCCUCUCACUGACUGCGAAGACGCGCAGUGCAACAUCCAGGCUUCGAGCGAUAAGUCGAAUCUCGAACACAUGCGCAAGACAUUCGGGGUGUAUCUCAGCGAGAUGGACGAGCGGGUUGGGGAUGCUGACGUGGACGUUUCCAACACGAACCUGAAUGCCCCGGAGCACGCAGCCGCUAAGAAGGACAAGUUUGCCCACGAGCAGGCCGUCAGAGCAGUGAGUUCGCUCGUGGCCAUGGUCGAUGCGCAGCUUGACAAUCUCAAAAAGAGAAAGGAAGCGGAAGCAAACGCACUGUGA